CAGAGCAUGGCCGAGACUUCGCUCGCAAUAAUCAUUGUCAUUAUUCUCUUUUCUGGGUUAUCUCUUGGAGAAACAACACGAACAGAAUUGGUAUCAGCUAUCACUACUUCUGCAAUGGAGAUAGCGCCCAGAGAUGGUGUCUGCUCAUCAAUGGUGAAGACGCAGGGCUAUCCUUGUGAAGAACACUUGGUGACAACUCGAGAUGGUUAUGUUCUAAACAUGCAGAGAAUUCCAGUGGGGCAAUCAGGGGGGUCAAUGAGAAAUAGGCCACCAGUUCUGCUACAGCACGGGCUUUUCAUGGAUGCUAUAACAUGGCUAUUGUUACCUCCAAGCCGUUCUUUGGCAUUCCUGUUAGCAGACAAUGGGUUUGAUGUAUGGCUUUCUAACACUCGUGGAACCAAGUAUAGCCGUCAACACACAUCACUGGCCACGAAUGGCUCGGGUUAUUGGGAUUGGUCAUGGGAUGAGUUAGUUGCUUAUGAUCUUCCAGCAACAAUCCAGUAUGUUCGUCAUUUAACAAGACAAAAAUUGCACUAUAUUGGACACUCACAGGGGACUUUAAUUGCACUGGCUGCUUUUUCUAAGUUUAAGUUGUCGAACAUGUUGAGGUCAGCCGCCUUGCUUAGUCCCAUUGCCUAUGUCAAUCAGAUGACAUCGCCACUGGCUAGAAACGCAGCUGAAAACUUUAUUGCAGAGUCUUUGUACAAAUUGGGAGUAUUUGAAUUUAAUCUGAGAGGGGAUGCUGUUAUAAAGUUUCUUGAGGACCUGUGCAAGAAGCCAGGCAUUGACUGCACCAACUUGUUAACAUCUUUCACAGGUCCCAACUGUUGUGUAAACCGUUCAAUUGUAAACAUUUUCCUGGAACAUGAACCUCAAUCAACAGCAACAAAGAACACGAUUCAUCUGUCUCAGAUGAUCAGACAAGGAACCAUAGCAAUGUAUGAUUAUGAGAACAAAGUUGAGAAUAUUAAACACUAUGGACAGCCCUUGCCUCCGGUGUAUGACAUAUCAAGAAUUCCAAAUGACCUCCCUCUCUUCAUCAGUUAUGGCGGGGCCGAUGCUCUUUCUGAUGUGAAGGAUGUACGACGCCUUCUGGAAAUCCUUGAUGGUCAUCAUCAAGAUAAGCUUGUAGUGCAGUACAGGGAUGAUUAUGCUCAUGCAGAUUAUGUUAUGGGUCACAAUGCCAAACAAGAUAUAUAUGAUCCUCUUAUGUCUUUCUUUAAAAUGACGUCCUGAAUAGGAUGCUCUAUACAAACACUUCAGGAGGUUCCCUCUCUGUCUCAUAGAGCUGAAAAACACAGCAGACUUUGUAGUAUGAUUACACAAAAGAUACUGAUAUCAUUUAUAAGAA